AUGUCUACCAAAGCUAUCCGAGAAUUCGAUGCCAAGCAGCUCGUUUCUUACUGGCUCAACAGAUCCCCCACUCCUAUCCCCACCAAAACCGAGUCAUCUCUCUCUGCUGCUCAAGUAGCACAAGUUGAAUGGGAUCCUGUUACCAAACAACUCUCUCCUCCCAUCAAACCUGGUCAAGGUCUCCCAGAAUGGGUCUUCUCUUCCAAGCUUGUUGGUAAACCCGAUCAACUCAUAAAGCGACGAGGAAAGGCCGGUCUUCUCUGUCUCAAUAAAGGCUGGGAGGAGACAGGUGCUUGGAUUCAAGAGCGAGCUGGUAAACCAGUAACUGUUGAGAAGACAACUGGUACCCUCAACACCUUCAUCAUUGAACCUUUCUGCCCUCACCCUGCCGACACCGAAUACUAUGUAUGUAUCAACUCCACAAGAGAAGGUGACUGGAUCCUCUUCACCCACGAGGGUGGUGUUGAUGUUGGAGACGUUGAUGCUAAGGCUCUCAAGCUUCUUCUUCCCGUUGGCGAGGAGUUCCCCGCUCGAAAAGUCAUCAUCAGCACUCUUCUUGAACACGUCGCUCCUGCCAAACAAGAUGUACUCGCCGACUUCUUGAUCAGACUGUACGCCGUCUACGUUGACUUGCACUUCGCCUAUCUUGAAAUCAACCCUCUUGUCGUUCUUGACUCUGAAAAUGGCAAACCUUGCGAAAUUCAAUACCUCGACAUGGCUGCCAAGCUUGAUCAAACCGCUGAUUUCCUUUGUGGACCUAAAUGGGCUCUCGCUCGAGAUAUCUCCGUACCUUCUGCUGGUUCUUCCACUAUCAAAGCUGAUCGAGGACCUCCUAUGGUAUGGCCCGCUCCCUUCGGUCGUGAUUUGACCAAAGAAGAGGCAUACAUCCAAAAGCUUGAUGCUUCCACCGGUGCUUCUCUCAAGCUCACUGUCCUCAAUCAAACUGGUCGAGUCUGGACCAUGGUUGCCGGUGGUGGUGCUUCCGUCGUUUACUCCGAUGCUAUCGCUGCUGCAGGUUUCGCUCACGAGCUCGCCAACUACGGUGAAUACUCUGGUGCUCCCACUGAAGGUCAAACCUACGAGUACGCCAAAACCAUCAUUGAUUUGAUCGUCCGAGGUGAACCUCACCCUGAGGGUAAAGUCCUUAUCAUCGGUGGUGGUGCUGCCAACUUCUCCGACGUUGCCGCUACUUUCAAGGGUAUUAUCCGAGCACUCAAGCAGUUCAAGGAUGGUCUUCUCCGACAUAAAGUCUCCAUCUGGGUCCGACGAGCUGGGCCCAACUAUCAAGAGGGUCUCAAAGCUAUGCGACUCUGUGGUGAAUCUAUUGGUGUGCCCAUGAAGGUUUACGGCCCCGAAUCACCUAUCACCGCUAUCGUCCCAAUGGCCCUUGGUAUCAAACGACCCGAAUCCGCCGCUACCCGAGAUGUCACUCCUAUCGCCUCUGCUUCCGUCUCCCCUCAAGCUAACGGUAACACCCCUCUUCCCGGCUCCGCCGGUCAAGAUGCUGUAGGAACCGUCAAAGCCGAUGGCUCAAGAGAACAACCCAACGAUCAAAUCGUCCGAUUUGAAACCGAAAACCUCGGCUCUCGACCUUGGUACAGACCUUUCGACGAGCACACUCGAUCCUUCGUCUUCGGUCUCCAACCCCGAGCUAUCCAAGGAAUGCUUGACUUUGACUUCUCAUGUGGUCGAAAAACUCCUUCCGUCGCUGCCAUGAUCUACCCCUUCGGUGGUCACCACAUCCAGAAGUUCUACUGGGGCACGAAGGAAACUCUUCUCCCGGUUUACACCUCCGUUGGUGAAGCCAUCAAGAAGCACCCGGAUGUCGAUGUAGUUGUCAACUUCUCCUCUUCUCGAUCCGUCUACGCCUCCACCCUCGACAUCCUUACCUACCCUCAAAUCAAAUCUAUUGGUAUUAUCGCUGAAGGUGUACCGGAACGACACGCUCGAGAGCUUCUCCACCUUGCCGUCAAGAAGGAAGUAAUCAUCAUUGGUCCCGCUACUGUCGGUGGUAUCAAACCUGGUUGUUUCCGAAUCGGUAACACCGGUGGUAUGAUGGACAACCUUAUCGCCUGUAAGCUUUACCGACCUGGUUCCGUUGGUUACGUCUCCAAAUCUGGAGGUAUGUCCAACGAAUUGAACAACAUCCUUUCUUACACCACCAACGGUGUGUACGAAGGUGUUGCUAUCGGUGGUGACCGAUACCCCGGUACAUCCUUCAUCGACCAUCUUCUCCGAUAUGAGGCCGAUCCCGAGUGUAAAUUACUCUUACUGUUAGGUGAAGUCGGUGGUACCGAAGAAUACCGAGUUAUCGAGGCUGUCAACAAGGGUAUCAUCAAGAAGCCUAUUGUCGCUUGGGCUAUCGGUACUUGUGCCAAGAUGUUCACUUCUGAGGUGCAAUUCGGUCACGCCGGUUCAAUGGCCAACUCCGAUUUAGAGACCGCUGAUGCCAAGAACAGAGCCAUGAAAGCUGCUGGUUUCAUCGUUCCCGACACUUUCGAGGAUCUCCCAGACGUUCUCCGAUCUACCUACCAAAAACUCAUCGCUAGCGGUGCUAUCGUCACCAAGGCUGAGAUUGAUCCUCCUCAAAUCCCCAUGGACUACCAAUGGGCUUCCAAACUUGGUCUCAUCCGAAAACCCGCUGCUUUCAUCUCCACCAUCUCCGACGAGCGAGGUCAAGAGCUCAUGUACGCUGGUAUGCGAAUCUCCGAUGUCUUCAAAGAAGAGCUCGGUAUCGGUGGUGUCAUCUCCUUGCUUUGGUUCAAGCGACGACUCCCUGCCUUCGCCUGCAAGUUCAUUGAGAUGGUUCUCCAACUUACUGCCGAUCAUGGACCUGCCGUUUCCGGUGCUAUGAACACCAUCAUCACCGCCCGAGCUGGUAAAGACCUCAUCUCCUCCCUCGUCGCCGGUCUUUUGACCAUUGGUGACCGAUUCGGUGGUGCUCUUGAUGGUGCUGCUUCCGAAUUUUCUCGAGGUGUCGGUUCCGGACUUACUCCUCGAGAAUUCGUGGACCACAUGCGAAAAGCCAACAGACUUAUCCCUGGUAUUGGACACAAGAUCAAAUCCAAGACCAACCCCGAUCUCCGAGUCACCCUUGUCGUUGACUACGUCAAGAAGCACUUCCCUUCCCACAAGACCCUGGACUUCGCUCUUGCUGUCGAGGACGUAACCACCCAAAAAUCAAACACCCUCAUCCUCAACGUUGACGGUGCCAUUGCCGCUUCAUUCUGUGAUUUACUCUCCGGAAGUGGUGCUUUCACUGAAGAGGAAGCUACCGAAUACCUCAAGAGUGGUACCCUUAACGGUCUUUUCGUUCUCGGUCGAUCGAUCGGUUUCAUUGGUCAUUACCUCGAUCAAAAACUCCUCAAACAACCCCUUUACCGACACCCUGCUGACGAUAUCUUCAUCAACAUGCAAGAACGUGUCGUCUUCCAACCUGGUUCAGCUUAA